GUUCGUAUAAAUAGAUUUAUGCUGUGUGAGAUGGCAGAACUCUCAAUCAUUACUACUCUGGCAGCUAGCAUUCGAUUGUACAGUCAUGCUUCGAAUAACGUCGCGCACGCUAUUGAACUCUCAUGUGCAAGAGACGGUGAAAGGCAGGAGCUUACCACCCACGAUCAACGAGAUUGUGGCAGCCGACUUCAGUGAAAUCGAAGCAAUAGGAGACUCGCCGGCGCGUGGUAUCUUUAUACUGAAACAUAUUCCUACGGAUGGAUUGCUUGUCGGCAAACUCCUAAAUCAGGAUGUCAGCAAAUCAGCUCUGCCAGCUGAGAUAAGAAUGACUUGCAACUUGCUACACCCACGGUUGGUUCGGGGUUAUGGCUACAUCAAAUAUAGUGAUAACGAAGCUGUUCUCCUCCAGGAGUAUAUACCAGGGCAGGAUCUUGGGAAAAAAAUACAAAGUAUGCAUGAAAUGAAACAUAGCGAUGUCAUGCGGUAUAUGACACAUGUGAUGGAGGCCGUCGAUUAUUUGCACACAAACAACAUUGCCCACAGGGAUAUUAAGGCAUCCAACAUUGUAAUAGAUGAUUUGAAUAACUCCGUCAAGCUUAUUGAUCUUGGACUGGCCUGUCACGUCGGGAAUGUAUUCGAAGCACAAAUCGCAUGUGGAUCACCCGCAAGCAUGGCCCCAGAGGUAUGGAAUAUGGUACAUGAUGGGACCGACAACACUCCCAUUGAUCUGCUGAGGGCCGAUGUAUGGUCAUGUGGGAUACUCUUCUUCACCAUGCUUUUCGGUACGAUGCCGUGGCAAGAGCUUUCACUGACGCCGGAGAGAUAUAUAAAAGUGAUGCUGGCGCAGUGUCCUCUUGUGGUUGGUGGUUCGAGCCUAUUAACACUACUCAGGUCGAUGCUAUAUGCUAAGCCUAAAAAACGUCCACGUGCCAGUGACGUACUCCAGGCGCUAAAAGGUCAGGCAUUUGGAGUCUCGGAUCUUAGUACUUGGCGUAUGGCUUUCAAAUAUACACGAUUACUGUCAAAAGAUACGAAGCGAAACGCGGCAGAAGCUUAAUAAAUCUUUUCCGACAAGCACAACCAAAGAUGAA